AUGGCUUCCUCGCCGCCUCCUCGCCGCCGUCAAGCCGACGCCACCGAGCCCAAGUCCACAAAGCGCAAGCCGACGCCGCGUGACGCUCCCAAGCCCAAGUCGAAGCGCGCUCGCCUCACGGUCGACGCCGCCGAGUCGUCCCAGGUCACCUGCCUCGACGAGUACCGUCUCCCGCUCGCCGACGGCGACGCUUUCUACGUCCCCUCGAUCGUCGACGAGGCGACCGCUCAACAGUGGCACGACGAGCUCGUCAACCUCGACGAGUGGUACCGACCAACGCUCAAGGUCUACGGCAAGGACGUCGUCCAGUCGCGCAAGAUCGCCGCAUUCGCCACCGACCGCUCGCUCGAGCUCAAGUACAGCGGCCACCCGGUCAAGAUGAGCUACGACUACCCGCCCCUCCUGCGCAAGAUCCAGGACCUCGUCGAGGCGCGCACCGGGUGCCUUUACAAUCACGUCAUGGCCAACUUGUACGAGGACGGAGGCGUCUACAUCGGCAAGCACCGCGACAACCGCGAGAAUCGCGUCAUCGCGUCCCUCUCGCUCGGCCAGCCGCGCACUUUUAUCCUCACGCACACGCACCCUCCCCCGGCUUUGUCCACCUCUGCGCCCUCGGACGUCCCUCCCACUGCGCCCCCUCACUCGACCUCGUCCUCGUCCUCGUCCUCGCCCUCGGACCCGACCGACCCGCCGCCACGACCGCCCGCACCGGCGCUCGUGUACACACACCGCUCGACGCUCGCGUCGGGCUCGCUCCUCGUCAUGCAGGGCGCCAUGCAGCAGCACUGGAAACACGAGGUGCCGCGCGAGAAGCGCGCGUGCAAGGGCAGUCGCAUCUCGUUGACGUUCCGGCAGCUCGUGUUCUGA